CGUCAGAAGAGAAAACCCGCGUUUGAAAGGGUGGUCGUCUUCGUCUCGCAGCCCAGCUGGCGGGCUGCGUGCUAGGGCGAAGCUGUCAUGUGCCAUUAUUGCUGCAAGAGCUGGGCUGCAACCCUGAAGCAGCCAAACUGAGUAGGGAUUCUCUUCUGCCUUUAGCCAGGCUCUUCUCAAAUAAGCUUCAAGCUUUUCCCCCCUGCCCCCAUGCCCAGAAAGAGCAAAGAGUGGGGACCACAAAACCACUAUUGGCCCUAUCGUCCAUGCUAAUUCUAUUUUUGUUGACUACAUGUUGAAUUCUUCUUUAUUUCAGAAAUGAGUUGGUAUGGGAGAGAGAUUACGUUUAGCUUGAUCUGGCUGUAUAGCAACAGUAAACGUAGUGUCUUUAGGUUCGGCAAUCAAAUAUUGCAGGCUGUACUGAUAAAGAUGCUGAAAAUCAAGCUACUGAAAACUAAAAGUCAGAAUUUUCAGUACGGAGAUGUAAUAAAUAAGAACAUUCUCUGGACCCACAACGUAAGGGAGUUGGGCGAUACGAACUUUGAUAGUCACCCAGUAACAUCGCUAAUAAAACGUGUAUCAGCAUUAUAAUCUGGUGAAACCAGCCAGCACUGGAUGAAAAACAGAAACAAUUUUAAAUAUAAACUGAUAGCCUUCCAUGAGGAAGCUAACGUAGCUAUUAGUAAUGAGAACGGGAAGCAGAAUUUGAUAAGAGUUUACUGCUGCUCAACUUAAGUGGGCCAAAAAGGAAGAUGUUAUUCACAGUUUCAGCUGGAGAUAUCUUAUCAGCAUACAGUAGACAGGAGAGAAAGGGGUCAACCGUUCUAUUACCAACAGAAAUACAGAAACGAAUACUUUCAAAGAACCCAAGAGCGAUGUCAGUAUAAUGUCUUUGGCUUAUGUGCAGCUAAGACUGAAUAUCAAAUCAUGCAUAAGGAGAAAUGCAUAUUACCAGAAAACAGUAAACAAUAAAUAACAAUAAAACAAUAAAUGCUAGUGAGAAUUGCACAAUAUUGAGUGUCCACAGUACUUUGAAGGAGAUAGAUAAGAUGCAACUUAACCUAAUAGAAUCAUUGUGUGUUGCUGAUAAUCUCAACCAUUUAUCUUAUAGUCCAGGGGUUUAAGGGAAUGAUUAGUUUGCAGUGCAGCUGCCAGUGGCUGAGAGACUUGAUACUGAGAAGGCGAAAUGAUGUAAAUCCAGCCAACAUAAGCAAGACAUGGGAGUGAGGGGAUAUAGGAAGCAAUGACAGCUUUAUAUCAUGAUCAAGAAUGUGUUACAAGGUUUACUCACUGCUGAGAAUUUCAAGAAAAUGAUGCAUAAAUGCCAGCGCUUAGCUAAACAAAUCAUUUCUGUAAGAUUAUGAUGCCUUUUGGGGAUGAGUCCCAAAAAAUAGUUUGGCUUGCUAGGAUUUGUCAGAUGUCAUUAAUGACAGACUAACACUAGAAGUAUUUCUAGUCAGUCAGACAGAUUUAGGCUCUAUGUAAAAGAGACACGUACAGUUCUCACUUGCAAUUGAGACAGCUGGAAUCAGGGAGAGGCUGUGACAUGAGUUAAGGAGAAACAGAAGCCAAUACCUUUCCUUAGAGAUAAACGUGAAUAAAUCAGAUUUACUCACUAAGCUGCAUAAUGGUUAAACGAUAUUGCUACAACAUAUUCUAGAGCUAAAUAGAAUAUUGCCAAUAUAUCAAGAUGGACUGGAGGUAUAUUUUAGAAUUGAUCUCUUCAUAACAAAUAUGAUCCAACAGCGCUGUAGAAACAAAACAAAUUCAGCUGCUUAAUACUAAGGAGGGGAUGAAAGUCCUCUCAUGGCUGUAGGCAAGAGAACUCUGUUCAUUUGCUGCUUCUGAGCUCAGUUCUCUGACUCAGCUUACGUUGACAGUUCUAGUAAUAGGUCAACUUUAGAUGAAAUAAACUAUUUAAUGAUUGCAAUGUUUUCUUUCCUACUUUUACUGUAAACACUAUAUAAUGUUAUAAAACAGCUGCUGCAGUAAUUGAAGUAUUCACUCAUAACAUCAGUAAUGGAAGGAGAGAGGUACCUUUGCUUUUUGCACAGCAGCGGGAAGAAAAAUAUUUAUCAAAAGGGAAAAAAAAAGUCACUGUAAAACAACAGCAAAAACAGCAUACAAGAUUAGGUCCUAACAUUACCUCUAAACUAUGAAAUUAACUAUAUUUCAAAUGUACUCAGUGCCUCACCAAACUCUCUGGGAAUAUUUAUGGUUUGUUUGCUUCAUAUUUUAGUUCAAAGAGGCUGCAACAGAAGUAUUUAGUGUGUGUAUCUGAAUACCACAGUACUGAGUGGUACUCGGUACUCAUUUCUGUGACCGCAGACUGCCUUCUCUGCUUCUCAAAUAUGGAUAAAAGCGUUGGCUGAUCCCUUUGUCCGUUUGGUUUUAUUUUUUCACUUGGCUUCGUGUUGCCAUUAAUAGUUUGCCCGUGGCUAUCAGUUUAAACUGAGCUUACGAACAACACAGCCGAGUGGAAGCUUUAGCUUCUCUAGUAGUUGUUUUAAUUGUGUAUUCUUUUUUUAAUAGGAAUUGCAGUAGGAUGAAAGGGAAUUCUUGCUAAUGGACCACUGUUGAGAAUAUUUGGGACUCGUGAGAAAGAUUUUGAAAGCUUGAGCCACGUCGGACUGGAAUCAUGUUAAACAAGCCAGUGCUGGUGGAAUCGCUGAUCGUGUUCAUCGUUGUUCUGUGUGUGCACAUGGUGGUGUGGGACCGGUAUUCCUGGUGCACUAUAGCUCUUGCCGUCCAGGCUUUUUAUGUCCAAUUCAAAUGGGACCGUCUGCUCCAGCUGGGUGGGGCUGUAUUCCAGUUUCGUACAACAGCGAACAGUGGCCUCCUACCAGCUAGCAUGGUCAUCCCCUUGUUGGGAAUAGUGAUGAAAGAGAGAUGCAAGUCUGCUGGCAUUGUGUACUUUGAACGUUUUGGCAUAGUUGUAGCUUCCACUGGCAUGUUGGUUGCUCUCUUUCUGUCUGUAAUAGCGGUUGGCAUCACAAAACCUGUACCAACCAACACUUGCAUACUUACUGGUGUUGCUGGCAGUAUAAUUAUCUAUACCAUGAAGCACUCUUUGACUGUUUCAGAAGUGAUAGAGGUCCUAGAAGUGCUGCUAAUUUUUGUCUACCUCAGUAUGAUCUUGCUGUACGUGUUGCCUCGAUGUUUUACUCCUGGAGAAGCAUUGUUAGUUCUUGGGGGUAUAAGUUUUGUGCUCAAUCAGCUCAUUAAACGCUCACUGAACGUAGUCGAGAGCAGAGGUGAUCCCAUAGACUUUUUUCUUCUGGUGGCAGUUGUUGGAGUUGUUCUUCUUGGGAUUUUUUUCACUGUUCUCUUCGCUUUCAUGGAUUCAGGUACCUGGAUCUCCUCCAUGUUUUUCCACAUGAUGACAGCAGUGCUAGGCCUAGGGGUCAUUAUGCCUUGGCUUUACCGGCUGAUCCAGAGAAAUCCUUUGUUCUGGCUACUCCAGUUUCUAUUUCAGACGCAAACGAGAGUUUACCUUCUUGUAUAUUGGACCGUGUUGGCUGCUUCAGCAUGUGGUAUAGUUUUCUACCAGAACGCUAAAAGAUCAUCUGAGUCUAAAAAACACCAGGCCUCAACCAUAACCAGGAAAUAUUUCCAUUUCAUUGUGGUAGCUACUUAUGUCCCCGGACUAAUUUAUGACCGCCAGCUUCUCUACAUUGCUGCAGUAUUGUGCCUGGCAGUAUUUAUCUUCUUAGAGUACAUUCGAUACUUCAGGAUCAAACCAUUUGGCCAAACCCUUAGGCAUUUACUGUCUCUCUUCUUGGAUGAACGAGACAGUGGACCUCUAAUCUUGACUCAUAUUUAUCUUCUUCUUGGCAUGUCCCUCCCAGUGUGGUUGUUUCCAAGACCUUGCGCUCCUAAAGGUGUCUUGUCUGGGGCAGGAGCGUUGGUCCCCUAUUCUGGGGUACUGGCUGUAGGAGUAGGAGACACAAUGGCCUCAGUAUUUGGCAGUGCAAUGGGAGAAAUCAAAUGGCCAGGAACGAAGAAGACCUUUGAAGGGACGAUGACAGCUAUUUUUGCCCAGAUCAUUGCUGUGGCUCUCAUUCUGAUCUUUGACAGCAGCGUGAAUCUGAACUCUAGCUAUGCCUGGAUUCUGGGGUCUGUGAGCUUAGUUUCUCUUUUGGAAGCUUAUACUACCCAAAUAGAUAAUCUGCUCUUGCCUCUCUACCUCCAGAUAAUGUUAAUGGCUUAGAAGCAUUUCCAGAUACAGAGGCUUCUCCCUUUCCAGAGAAAAGCGGUAAUAGAAUAUGCACGGUACUGAGAAAUUCAAAGUCUGUCUAAAUACUACAUUUGAUACAGCAAGUAAAAUUGUUAAACACACAAAUGGAAAAGCACUAUUUAAAAUAAAGGCUUUGUUUUGGUCUCCUAUUUUUCCCACUCCCCUCUUUAAAACAGGGCAAAUUGUUUUAUAUUCUCAUAGGAACACAAACACAAGUAUGCAUUUGGUUACUAAACCACAAACUCUAUUUCCAAGUCUCUUCUGGGUGUCCAGAGGCAGAGGGCGUAAAGGAAAAAAAGAGGUAAGUCAAUUAGAUGAAAAAAUAAUCAAACCUCUCCAAUUUUGCUACAUCUGCAGUGCGUAAAAGCCAGUUUAUAAAACUUGUUCCACUGUACUGAGUCCUGCCAUCCUUGUAUUAUUGAAUAUGUGAACUCCUCCUGUUUCUGUAUAAGCACUAUUUAAAGCAUGCUUUUAUAAUGAGGGUGGGCACUAUCUGCAACACAGUGACUAAGACCGUCCUCAUGCAUCCAGUCACCAUCAACA